AUGAGUCCGAGCAGGGCCCACACCUCGGCCCUCCGCACCACCCGGCGCCCCCCAGUCUGUCCCACCCUGCUCCGCAGUGGCCCGGGCGGGGCUACUCUGGUCUGGCCCCGCCCCGCCCAGGCGGGCCCAGGGAGCCGAGGGGUGGGCAUCGGGGGCCGGGCUAGUGAGCGGGCUGCCAGAGCUCUGCAGUCAGUGCGGGGCAGGCCGCCGUCCGCCCGCCCGCGGACCCUGCCAGGGACACCAGAGCGGAGCCGAUCGGGCCCGCAGCCAUCCGCCAAGAUGUGCGACUGCUUCCACCUGGUGCUUCCCAACUGGCCCGGAUCCCCUGCCAGUGUGUGGGUACUACCCGGAGUCCCAUCGGAAAGUGGAUUCCGCCUCCCCCCUCCACCGCGUGGUGACAGCAUCUUAGGGCGUGGCCCCAGGUGCCGCAAGGCGCGGUCUUCCGAGCUGGGACUCCAGCCACACCCAGGCGAGGCUCUGGAGAGGGAGGGAGGCAGCUUCUGGACUGCUGUUCUGAGCUAUUGCAACUUCUGGGCAAGUUUUGAGAAUCGCGAUUAUCUGGUUUCUGGCAGGCAGCUGAGGCCAGAUGAUCCUGAUGCAGAAACAGAAGAAGACAACUCUGUGAAUGAAGUACCUAUUGAUGAAAUCAUCCGUCCUAGACCUCAGGGCUCCUCCCCAGUUUAUGAGUACUCCAUCGAUCAAGAACACUUCAUCAAAGGGGAAGAUACCCAAACUGGGCGAUUUUCCUUAGGAAGAAGGAAAUCCAGGUGGAAACGUGACUCAGGUGAAUCCCAAAGCUUUUCUGGAAGGAGUCAAUCUGAGGAACCAAUGGAGGUCACUCUGCAGACAGAUGUGGAGGCUGGAGCCAGUGGCUACAGUGUCACUGGUGGUGGGAAGGAGGGAAUUUUUGUCAAGCAAGUACUGAAGGACUCUUCGGCCGCCAAGCUGUUCAGCAUGAGAGAAGGUGACCAGCUGCUGAGUGCAACCAUCUAUUUUGACAAUAUUAAAUAUGAGGAUGCCCUCAAGAUCUUACAGUAUUCUGAACCAUAUAAGGUGCAGUUCAAUCUCAAACGAAAACUAGCAUCAAAAGACGAUACAGAAAAAGUUCAUCAUCCAGCCACAAGUGACAUUAGAGAAACAGACCAGCAGGGGGAAGAUCUGACAGAUGGAACAAUGGAGACUAUGGAAAAGAUGCUUGAAGAGGAAGAAGACAAAGAAAAGUUAAUAGUCAAAUCAAGGACAGGGAGGAGCCAGCGGCCAAAGAAAGAGAGAUUGUCAUGGCCCAAAUUCCAGGCAAAGAAAACCAAGAAGGUUGUGAGCCAUCGUCGGUCACAUAGCACGUCGGAUGCCUGUGAGGGCAGAGCAUCUGACCUUUCCCCAACAAGCACAGAUACUGAAUUACAUUUCCCUAAAGAGGAGAUACAUCUGAGAGAGAAGAAAGGCAGUGAGAGGAAGAGGAAAUUCCUGAAUAUUGGAUUUAGGAUGCACAGGAAGCUCGAAAUAGAUGAGAAGACAUCAAAGUCAGGCAUGACAACAGCAGAAGAAAGAACUAGAACAGCAAAAGAUGGCGAAAAGAUCUCCUUGGAUCUACAGAAACCAGAAAUGGAAUUGGGCAGGCUGGAAUCUCAGAGUGCAACCAUAAUCCCAGAGCAUUUGGAAAAUGAAGAAAACAGAUUAAAGCUACAACUCCAAGUUGAUCCUGGAACAAAGAAACAGGAACAAUUGACAUCAGAAGCUAAAUCUAUGAGUGGGGCUGUGAUGGGGAUGCCAGCGUCUGUUUCUGGAACACUCACUGGGUCUCAUGUGUCAGUAAGAGGCAGAAGGAAAAAAUCAGAUGAUGUGACAGAUACAGUUAGUGGAAGCAAACAUGGGUUACAAGGUGGAAAAGAAACAAGAGAAAGAUUAGAUGAUACUUCUUUUGGUGUUCGAGGGCUGGAAAUUGGAAUUGCCAAGUUAACACUUCAGGAAUCACAGGAAGAUUUGGAGAAAGGCUAUGAAACACCAGAGAUUAGAGUGAAAAUACCAACUUUACAAACACCCAAGUUUGGGUUUUCCAAAGGAAAAGUGUCUGAAACUAAAAUAAAUGUCUCUGAGCAUGAAAGGGAACAAUCUCUGGGGAAAGUUACAGUGAAUUGGGGGGAGAUGCUUAUGGAACACAUACCUGAAAGAAAUGUUCCCCCACCAGAUGUGACUGGAGCAGUUGGAAAGAUUUCUGUAGAGACUCCCAACCUAGAUCACCCCGCUCCUAACAUACCUGAGAAAGGUGCAGUGAUAUCAGAUUGGAAUGCCCAGAUAUCAAGCAAGAAAAUGACCCAAAUGCCCAAAGCAGAUAUUAGCAGCCCCAAAGUGGAUAUUGUUAUUUCUAGUGCAGAUAUGUCCCAGCCCAAGGUUGAAACCCAUGGUCCAGAAAUAGGAAAAGAUGGAUUGAAAAUGGAGGGAGAAAUCAAAAUGGGGGACAAGGACAUUGAGGGGAAGGACAGCAAGUUCAAAAUGCCCAAAUUUAAGAUGCCAUCAUUUGGAUGGUCUCCAAGCAAAGAAAAAAAAGGAUCAGGAGAGGUGUCUCUACCAAAAGAAGAGGUGGACAUCUCAAAAGCUUCACUAAAGAGAGAUGACAAAGGUGGAGACCUGAGUGUAUCACUCAUAUCUUCAGAAAUCUCUAUUAGGAGUAUGGAUUUGAGUAUGAAAUCACAAAAGGGAGAAGCCACUGUAAAAGAUCAUGAAGAUAAGGAGGAAAUGAGAUUCAAAGAACCCAAAGAUCAGAUGGAAAAUAUCCAAAUACCACAAACAUCUAAAGCAGACAUUGAAGAAACAAAAGUAGAUAUCAUCAUACCCAGGGUUGAUGUGUCUCUGCCCAAGGUCAAACUAAAUAAGGAAAAUGUUGAAGCAGAAGCUGAAAGAGCAAAUAUUAAAGGAGAUAUAAGACUGAAAGAAAAGGAAAUUGAUCACAAAGAAAGUAAGUUUAGAAUUCCAAAAUUCUCCAUGCCAGGUUUUAGUUGGGGAGGUGGUAAAGAAAUUGGAUCAUCAGUGGAUAUAGAAACCAACAUUAAAGAGCCCAAGACGACUAUCCCAUCACACAGUAUGGACAAAGAACUGGGUCUGGUCUCAAAAGACAAAAAAGUUCCAAGUUUUGAUGUAAAUGUGCAGAUUGCUGGAGGUCAGAAAGUAAAGAGAGAGUCAAAGACGGGAAAGAUACCAAGUAUAAAGGUGCUCAAAAAAGCAAAUAGUGAAGAAAAGAUGAUGAUAGAAAGAGAUGUAGGAGUAAAAAAGAAAGAUGUGGAAAGUAUAGACAGAAACCUGAAAGGAAAAAUUGAGGGCACUGCAGAAAUCUCACAGAAAGAAAAGACAACAAUAAAAGGUAUAGAAAAGGAAACUGAGAUACCGGAGUUAGAAGUGGAAAUUGAAGAAAUGAAAGAAAAGACUAAAAGAGAGGGUGUAAAAGAAUACAUGACAAAACACAGUAUAAAAACAGCCAAAGGGGACAUUAAAGGACCACAAGUAAAUAUAACAAUGCCUGAUAUAGAUGUAACCAUACCAAAAGCAAAAGAUUAUGGCAUAACCACUGAAGUCCAGGUUGAAAGAGUCAGAGUAGAAGGGGACAUGAAACUGGGGGACAAGGAGGUGGAGGCGAAGGACAGCAAGUUCAAGAUGCCGAAAUUUAAGAUGCCAUCCUUUGGAAUGUCUGCUCCAGGCAAAGAGGGGGCAGCCUUGGUGGACGUGUCCCUGCCAAAGACAGAGGUGGAUGUGAGCCUUCCUUCUGUCCAGACCAGCGAAUUGACUGUGGAAGUUCCAUCAGCAGAAGUGGACAUCAAAGGCCUAGACAUUGAGGCCCAGUUGCCAGAGGUCCAGCUUAGUGACCUGAAGGGGAAGACUGGCGAUGUAGGCCUGACAGGACACUUGUCCAAAGUCCACAUGCCCAGCGUGAAAAUGCCCCAAAUGCCCAAAGCAGACAUCAAGGGGCCCAAAGUGGACAUCACCAUGCCCAGUCUGGAUGUAUCCCUGACCAAGGGCAAAGGUUAUAUCAAGGAUCCUGAAGUCAAGGUGGAAGGGGACAUUAAACUGGGAGACAAGGAGCUGGCGGCAAAGGACAGCAAGUUCAAGAUGCCCAAAUUUAAGAUGCCAUCCUUUGGUGGAGGCAAAGAGGGAGAAGUCUCAGUGGAUGUGUCCCUGCCAAAGGCAGAGGUGGAUGUGAGCCUUCCUUCUGUUGAGGCCGAGGUCAAGCCUGGUGACCUGAGUGUGGAGGCUCCCUCAGUGGAUGUGGACGUGAAAGGCCUAGACAUUGAGGGCCAGUUGCCAGAGGGAGAAGUUCAGCUUGGUGACCUGAAGGGGAGGAGUGCGGGUUUAAGUCACAAAGGUCACUUGCCCACAGUCCACAUGCCCAGCGUGAAAAUGCCCCAAAUGCCCAAAGCAGACAUCAAGGCUCCCAAAGUGGACAUCACCGUGCCCAGUCUGGACGUGUCCCUGCCGAAGGGCAAAGCUGACAUCAAGAGCCCUGAAGUUGAGGUGGAGACAGUCAAGGUGAAAGGGGACAUUAAACUAGGUGAUAAGGAGGUGGAGGUGAAGGACAGCAAAUUCAAGAUGCCCAAAUUUAAGAUGCCAUCCUUUGGUGGAGGCAAAGAGGGGGCAGCCUCGGUGGACGUGUCCCUGCCAGAGGCAGAGUGGGGUGUGACCCUUCCUUCUGGCGAGGCUGGCGACCUCAGUGUGAAGGUGCCCUCAGUGGAUGUGGAUGUCAAAGAGCUAGACAUAGAGGCCCAGUUGCCAGAGGGAGAAGUUCAGCUUGGUGACCUGAAGGGAAAGACUGAGGGUAUAACUCUCAAAGGUCACUUGCCCAAAGUCCACAUGCCCAGCAUGAAAAUGCCCCAAAUGCCCAAAGUGGACAUCACCAUGCCCAGUCUGGACAUGUCCCUGCCCAAGAGCAAAGGUGACAUCAAGGGCCCUGAAGUUGAGGUGGACACAGUCAAGAUGGAAGGGGAUAUUAAACUGGGAGACAAGGAGCUGGAGGCAAAGGACAGCAAGUUCAAGAUGCCCAAAUUUAAGAUGCCAUCCUUUGGUGGAGGCAAACAGGGAGAAGCCUUAGUGGACGUGUCCCUGCCAAAGGCAGAGGUGGAUGUGAGCCUUCCUUCUGUUGAGGCCGAGGUCAAGCUUGGCGACCUGAGUGUGGAGGCUCCUUCAGUGGAUGUGGAUGUGAAAGGCCUAGACAUUGAGGGCCAGUUGCCAGAGGGAGAAGUUCAGCUUGGUGACCUGAAGGGGAGGAGUGCGGGUUUAAGUCUCAAAGGUCACUUGCCCAAAGUCCACAUGCCCAGCGUGAAAAUGCCCCAAAUGCCCAAAGCAGACAUCAAGGCCCCCAAAGUAGACCUCAAGGCUCCCAAAGUGGACAUCACCAUGCCCAGUCUGGACGUGUCCCUGCCCAAGGGCAAAGCUGACAUCAAGAGCCCUGAAGUUGAGGUGGAGGCAGUCAAGAUGAAAGGGGACAUUAAACUAGGAGAGAAGGAGGUGGAGGUGAAGGACAGCAAGUUCAAGAUGCCCAAAUUUAAGAUGCCAUCCUUUGGAGUGUCUGCCCCAGGCAAAGAAGGAACAGCCUCAGUGGAUGUGUCCCUCCCAAAGGCAGAGGUGGAUGUCACCCUUCCUUCUGUCGAGGUCGAGGUCAAGCCCGGCGACCUGAGUGUGGAAGUGCCCUCAGUGGAUGUGGACGUCAAAGGCCUAGAUAUUGAGACCAAGUUGCCAGAGGGAGAAGUUCAGCUUGGUGACCUGAAGGAAAAGACUGAGGGUAUAAGCCACAAAGGUCACUUGCCCAAAGUCCACAUGCCCAGCGUGAAAAUGCCCCAGAUGCCCAAAGCAGACAUUAAGGGGCCCCAAGUGGACAUCACCAUGCCCAGUCUGGACGUGUCCCUGCCCAAGGGCAAAGCUGACAUCAAGAGCCCCGAAGUUGAGGUGGAAGGGGACAUUAAACUGGGACACAAGGAGGUGGAGGUGAAGGACAGCAAGUUCAAGAUGCCCAAAUUCAAGAUGCCAUCCUUUGGAGUGUCUGCCCCCAGCAAAGAAGGAACAGCCUCAGUGGAUGUGUCCCUCCCAAAGGCAGAGGUGGAUGUCACCCUUCCUUCUGUCGCGGUCGAGGUCAAGCCCGGUGAUCUUAGUGUGGAGGUGCCCUCAGUGGAUGUGGACGUCAAAGGCCUAGAUAUCGAGACCAAGGUGCCAGAGGGAGAAGUUCAGCUUGGUGACGUGAAGGGAAAGACUGAGGGUAUAAGUCUCAAAGGUCACUUGCCCAAAGUCCACAUGCCCAGCAUGAAAAUGCCCCAAAUGCCCAAAGCAGACAUCAAGGCUCCCAAGGUAGACAUCACCAUGCCCAGUCUGGACGUGUCCCUGCACAAGGGCAAAGGGGACAUCAAGAGCCCCGAAGUCGAGGUGGAAGGGGACAUUAAACUGGGACACAAGGAGGUGGAGGUGAAGGACAGCAAGUUCAAGAUGCCCAAAUUUAAGAUGCCAUCCUUUGGUGGAGGCAAACAGGGGGCAACCUCGGUGGAUGUGUCCCUGCCAAAGGCAGAGAUGGAUGUGACCUUUCCUUCUGUCGAGGUCGAGGUCAAGCCCGGGGACCUUAGAGUGGAGGUGCCCUCAGUGGAUGUGGACGUCAAAGGCUUAGACAUUGAGACCAAGUUGCCAGAGGGAGAAAUUCAGCUUGGUGAGCUGAAGGGGAAGAGUGGCAGUGAAGGUCUCAAAGGUCACUUGCCCAAAGUCCACAUGCCCAGCGUGAAAAUGCCGCAAAUGCCCAAAGCAGACAUUAAGGGUCCCAGGGUGGACAUCACCAUGCCGAGUCUGGACAUGUCCCUGCCCAAGGGCAAAGCUGACAUCAAGAGCCCUGAAGUCGCGGUGGAGGCAGUCCAGGUGAAAGGGGACAUUAAACUAGGAGAGAAGGAGGUGGAGAUGAAGGACAGCAAGUUCAAGAUGCCCAAAUUUAAGAUGCCAUCCUUUGGAGUGUCUGCCCCUAGCAAAGAAGGAACAGCCUCAGUGGAUGUGUCCCUCCCAAAGGCAGAGGUGGAUGUCACCCUUCCUUCUGUCGCGGUCGAGGUCAAGCCCGGUGACCUUAGUGUGGAGGUGCCCUCAGUGGAUGUGGACGUCAAAGGCCUAGAUAUCGAGAGCAAGAUACCAGAGGGAGAAGUUCAGCUUGGUGACCUGAAGGGAAAGACUGAGGGUAUAAGUCUCAAAGGUCACUUGCCCAAAGUCCACAUGCCCAGCAUGAAAAUGCCCCAGAUGCCCAAAGUAGACAUUAAGGGGCCCGAAGUGGACAUCACCGUGCCCAGUCUGGACAUCAAGGCUCCCAAAGUGGACAUCACCAUGCCCAGUCUGGAUGUGUCCCUGCCCAAGGGCAAAGGUGACAUCAAGAGCCCCGAAGUCAAGGUGGAAGGGGACAUUAAACUGGGCGACAAGGAGGUGGAGGUGAAGGACAGCAAGUUCAAGAUGCCCAAAUUUAAGAUGCCAUCCUUUGGAGUGUCUGCCCCAGGCAAAGAUGGGGUUGCCUCGGUGGACGUGUCCCUGCCAAAGGCAGAGGUGGAUGUGACCCUUCCUUCUGUCCAGUCUGAUGACUUAAGUGUGGAGGUGCCCUCAGUGGAUGUGGAAGUGAAAGCACUAGACACUGAGACCAAGUUGCCAGAGGGAGAACUUCAGCUUGGUGACCUGAAGGGAAAGGCUGAGGGUAUAAGUCUCAAAGGUCACUUGCCCACAAUUCACAUGCCCAGCGUGAAAAUGCCCCAAAUGCCCAAAGCAGACAUCCAGGCUCCCAAAGUGGACAUCACCAUGCCCAGUCUGGACGUGUCCCUGCCCAAGGGCAAAGGUGACAUCAAGAGCCCCGAAGUCAAGGUGGAAGGGGACAUUAAAUUGGGCGACAAGGAGGUGGAGGUGAAGGACAGCAAGUUUAAGAUGCCCAAAUUUACGAUGCCAUCCUUUGGUGGAGGCAAACAGGGAGCAGCCUCGGUAGACGUGUCCCUGCCAAAGGCAGAGAUGAAUGUGAGCCUUCCUUCUGUUGAUGUCGAGGUCAAGCCCGGGGACUUGAGUUUGGAGGCUCCCUCACUGGAUGUGGACAUCAAAGGCUUAGACAUUGAGACCAAGUUGCCAGAGGGAGAAGUUCAGCUUGGUGAGCUGAAAGGGAAGAGUGGCAGUGUAGGUGUCAAAGGUCACUUGCCCAAAGUCCACAUGCCCAGCAUGAAAAUGCCCCAAAUGCCCAAAGCAGACAUCAAGGCCCCCAAAGUGGACAUCACCAUGCCCAGUCUGGACGUGUCCCUGCCCAAGGGCAAAGCUGACAUCAAGAGCCCUGAAGUCGAGGUGGAGGCAGUCCAGGUGAAAGGGGACAUUAAACUAGGAGAGAAGGAGGUGGAGAUGAAGGACAGCAAGUUCAAGAUGCCGAAAUUUAAGAUGCCAUCCUUUGGAGUGUCUGCCCCAGGCAAAGAAGGAACAGCCUCAGUGGAUGUGUCCCUCCCAAAGGCAGAGGUGGAUGUCACCCUUCCUUCUGUCGCGGUCGAGGUCAAGCCCGGUGACCUUAGUGUGGAGGUGCCCUCAGUGGAUGUGGACGUCAAAGGCCUAGAUAUUGAGACCAAGUUGCCAGAGGGAGAAGUUCAGCUUGGUGACCUGAAGGGAAAGACUGAGGGUAUAAGUCUCAAAGGUCACUUGCCCAAAGUUCACAUGCCCAGCAUGAAAAUGCCCCAAAUGCCCAAAACAGACCUCAAGGCUCCCAAAGUGGACAUCACCAUGCCCAGUCUGGACGUGUCCCUGCCCAAGGGCAAAGCUGACAUCAAGAGCCCUGAAGUUGAGGUGGAAGGGGACAUUAAACUGGGACACAAGGAGGUGGAGGUGAAGGACAGCAAGUUCAAGAUGCCCAAAUUUACAAUGCCAUCCUUUGGAGUGUCUGCCCCAGGCAAAGAGGGGGCAGCUUCCAUGGACGUGUCCCUGCCAAAGGCAGAGGUGGAUGUGACCCUUCCUUCUGUCCAGUCUGAUGACUUAAGUGUGGAGGUGCCCUCAGUGGAUGUGGACGUCAAAGGCCUAGAUAUUGAGACCAAGUUGCCAGAGGGAGAAGUUCAGCUUGGUGACCUGAAGGGAAAGACUGAGGGUAUAAGUCUCAAAGGUCACUUGCCCAAAGUCCACCUGCCCAGCAUGAAAAUGCCCCAGAUGCCCAAAGCAGACAUUAAGGGGCCCGAAGUGGACAUCACCAUGCCCAGUCUGGACGUGUCCCUGCACAAGGGCAAAGGGGACAUCAAGAGCCCCGAAGUCAAGGUGGAAGGGGAGAUUAAACUGGGUGACAAGGAGGUGGAGGUGAAGGACAGCAAGUUCAAGAUGCCCAAAUUCAAGAUGCCAUCCUUUGGAGUGUCUGCCCCAGGCAAAGAUGGGGUUGCCUCGGUGGACGUGUCCCUGCCAAAGGCAGAGGUGGAUGUGACCCUUCCUUCUGUCCAGUCUGAUGACUUAAGUGUGGAGGUGCCCUCAGUGGAUGUGGAAGUGAAAGAACUAGACAUUGAGACCAAGUUGCCAGAGGGAGAAGUUCAGCUUGGUGAGCUGAAGGGGAAGAGUGGCAGUGUAGGUGUCAAAGGUCACUUGCCCAAAGUCCACCUGCCCAGCAUGAAAAUGCCCCAAAUGCCCAAAGCAGACAUCAAGGCCCCCAAAGUGGAUAUCACCAUGCCCAGUCUGGACGUGUCCCUGCCCAAGGGCAAAGCUGAUAUCAAGAGCCCUGAAGUCGAGGUGGAGGCAGUCCAGGUGAAAGGGGACAUUAAACUAGGAGAGAAGGAGGUGGAGAUGAAGGACAGCAAGUUCAAGAUGCCGAAAUUUAAGAUGCCAUCCUUUGGAGUGUCUUCCCCCAGCAAAGAAGGAACAGCCUCAGUGGAUGUGUCCCUCCCAAAGGCAGAGGUGGAUGUCACCCUUCCUUCUGUCGCGGUCGAGGUCAAGCCCGGUGACCUUAGUGUGGAGGUGCCCUCAGUGGAUGUGGACGUCAAAGGCCUAGAUAUUGAGACCAAUUUGCCAGAGGGAGAAGUUCAGCUUGGUGACGUGAAGGGAAAGACUGAGGGUAUAAGUCUCAAAGGUCACUUGCCCAAAGUCCACCUGCCCAGCAUGAAAAUGCCCCAGAUGCUCAAAGCAGACAUUAAGGGGCCCCAAGUGGACAUCACCGUGCCCAGUCUGGAUGUGUCCCUGCACAAGGGCAAAGGGGACAUCAAGAGCCCCGAAGUCAAGGUGGAAGGGGAGAUUAAACUGGGCGACAAGGAGGUGGAGGUGAAGGACAGCAAGUUCAAGAUGCCCAAAUUCAAGAUGCCAUCCUUUGGAGUGUCUGCCCCAGGCAAAGAUGCGGUUGCCUCGGUGGACGUGUCCCUGCCAAAGGCAGAGGUGGAUGUGACCCUUCCUUCUGUCCAGUCUGAUGACUUAAGUGUGGAGGUGCCCUCAGUGGAUGUGGAAGUGAAAGAACUAGACAUUGAGACCAAGUUGCCAGAGGGAGAAGUUCAGCUUGGUGAGCUGAAGGGGAAGAGUGGCAGUGUAGGUGUCAAAGGUCACUUGCCCAAAGUCCACCUGCCCAGCAUGAAAAUGCCCCAAAUGCCCAAAGCAGACAUCAAGGCCCCCAAAGUGGACAUCACCAUGCCCAGUCUGGACGUGUCCCUGCCCAAGGGCAAAGCUGAUAUCAAGAGCCCUGAAGUCGAGGUGGAGGCAGUCCAGGUGAAAGGGGACAUUAAACUAGGAGAGAAGGAGGUGGAGAUGAAGGACAGCAAGUUCAAGAUGCCGAAAUUUAAGAUGCCAUCCUUUGGAGUGUCUUCCCCCAGCAAAGAAGGAACAGCCUCAGUGGAUGUGUCCCUCCCAAAGGCAGAGGUGGAUGUCACCCUUCCUUCUGUCGCGGUCGAGGUCAAGCCCGGUGACCUUAGUGUGGAGGUGCCCUCAGUGGAUGUGGACGUCAAAGGCCUAGAUAUUGAGACCAAUUUGCCAGAGGGAGAAGUUCAGCUUGGUGACGUGAAGGGAAAGACUGAGGGUAUAAGUCUCAAAGGUCACUUGCCCAAAGUCCACCUGCCCAGCAUGAAAAUGCCCCAGAUGUCCAAAGCAGACAUUAAGGGGCCCCAAGUGGACAUCACCAUGCCCAGUCUGGAUGUGUCCCUGCCUAAGGGCAAAGGCGACAUCAAGAGCCCCGAAGUUGAGGUGGAAGGGGAGAUUAAACUGGGACACAAGGAGGUGGAGGUGAAGGACAGCAAGUUCAAGAUGCCCAAAUUUAAGAUGCCAUCCUUUGGUGGAGGCAAACAGGGGGCAACCUCGGUGGAUGUGUCCCUGCCAAAGGCAGAGAUGGAUGUGACCCUUCCUUCUGUCGAGGUCAAGCCCGGGGACCUUAGAGUGGAGGUGCCUUCAGUGGAUGUGGACGUCAAAGGCCUAGAUAUUGAGACCACGUUGCCAGAGGGAGAAGUUCAGCUUGGUGAGCUGAAGGGGAAGAGUGGUAGUGGAGGUCUCAAAGGUCACUUGCCCAAAGUCCACAUGCCCAGCGUGAAAAUGCCGCAAAUGCCCAAAUCAGACAUUAAGGGGUCCAAAGUAGAUAUCACCAUGCCCAGUCUGGAUGUGUCCCUGCCCAAGGGCAAAGCUGACAUCAAGAGCCCCGAAGUUGAGGUGGAAGGGGACAUUAAACUGGGUGACAAGGAGGUGGAGGUGAAGGACAGCAAGUUCAAGAUGCCCAAAUUUAAGAUGCCCUCCUUUGGAGUGUCUUCCCCCAGCAAAGAAGGAACAGCCUCAGUGGAUGUGUCCCUCCCAAAGGCAGAGGUGGAUGUCACCCUUCCUUCUGUCGCGGUCGAGGUCAAGCCCGGUGACCUUAGUGUGGAGGUGCCCUCAGUGGAUGUGGAUGUCAAAGGCCUAGAUAUUGAGACCAAGUUGCCAGAGGGAGAAGUUCAGCUUGGUGACCUGAAGGGAAAGACUGAGGGUAUAAGUCUCAAAGGUCACUUGCCCAAAGUCCACCUGCCCAGCAUGAAAAUGCCCCAGAUGCCCAAAGCAGACAUUAAGGGGCCCCAAGUGGACAUCACCGUGCCCAGUCUGGAUGUGUCCCUACCUAAGGGCAAAGGCGACAUCAAGAGCCCCGAAAUCGAGGUGGAAGGGGACAUUAAACUGGGUGACAAGGAGGUGGAGGUGAAGGACAGCAAGAUCAAAAUGCCCAAAUUCAAGAUGCCAUCCUUUGGAGUGUCUGCCCCAGGCAAAGAUGCGGUUGCCUCGGUGGACGUGUCCCUGCCAAAGGCAGAGGUGGAUGUGACCCUUCCUUCUGUCCAGUCUGAUGACUUAAGUGUGGAGGUGCCCUCAGUGGAUGUGGAAGUGAAAGAACUAGACAUUGAGACCAAGUUGCCAGAGGGAGAAGUUCAGCUUGGUGAGCUGAAGGGGAAGAGUGGCAGUGUAGGUGUCAAAGGUCACUUGCCCAAAGUCCACCUGCCCAGCAUGAAAAUGCCCCAAAUGCCCAAAGCAGACAUCAAGGCCCCCAAAGUGGACAUCACCAUGCCCAAAGCAGACAUUAAGGCUCCCAAAGUGGACAUCACCAUGCCCAGUCUGGACGUGUCCCUGCCCAAGAGCAAAGCUGACAUCAAGAGCCCUGAAGUUGAGGUGGAAGGGGACAUUAAACUGGGACACAAGGAGGUGGAGGUGAAGGACAGCAAGUUCAAGAUGCCCAAAUUUACAAUGCCAUCCUUUGGAGUGUCUGCCCCAGGCAAAGAGGAGGCAGCUUCCAUGGACGUGUCCCUGCCAAAGGCAGAGGUGGAUGUGACCCUUCCUUCUGUCCAGUCUGAUGACUUAAGUGUGGAAGUGCCCUCAGUGGAUGUGGAUGUCAGAGGCCUAGAUAUUGAGACCAAGUUGCCAGAGGGAGAAGUUCAGCUUGGUGACCUGAAGGGAAAGACUGAGGGUAUAAGUCUCAAAGGUCACUUGCCCAAAGUCCACCUGCCCAGCAUGAAAAUGCCCCAGAUGCCCAAAGCAGACAUUAAGGGGCCCCAAGUGGACAUCAAAAUGCCCAAAGCAGACAUCAAGGCCCCCAAAGUGGACAUCACCAUGCCCAGUCUGGACGUGUCCCUGCCCAAGGGCAAAGCUGACAUCAAGAGCCCUGAAGUCGAGGUGGAGGCAGUCAAGGUGAAAGGGGACAUUAAACUGGGUGACAAGGAGGUGGAGGUGAAGGACAGCAAGUUCAAGAUGCCGAAAUUUAAGAUGCCCUCCUUUGGAGUGUCUUCCCCCAGCAAAGAAGGAACAGCCUCAGUGGAUGUGUCCCUCCCAAAGGCAGAGGUGGAUGUCACCCUUCCUUCUGUCGCGGUCGAGGUCAAGCCCGGUGACCUUAGUGUGGAGGUGCCCUCAGUGGAUGUGGACGUCAAAGGCCUAGAUAUUGAGACCAAGUUGCCAGAGGGAGAAGUUCAGCUUGGUGACCUGAAGGGAAAGACUGAGGGUAUAAGUCUCAAAGGUCACUUGCCCAAAGUCCACAUGCCCAGCGUGAAAAUGCCGCAAAUGCCCAAAUCAGACAUUAAGGGGUCCAAAGUAGACAUCACCAUGCCGAGUCUGGACGUGUCCCUGCCCAAGGGCAAAGCUGACAUCAAGAGCCCCGAAGUUGAGGUGGAAGGGGACAUUAAACUGGGUGACAAGGAGGUGGAGGUGAAGGACAGCAAGUUCAAGAUGCCAAAAUUUAAGAUGCCCUCCUUUGGAGUGUCUGCCCCUAGCAAAGAAGGAACAGCUUCAGUGGAUGUGUCCCUCCCAAAGGCAGAGGUGGAUGUCACCCUUCCUUCUGUCGCGGUCGAGGUCAAGCCCGGUGACCUUAGUGUGGAGGUGCCCUCAGUGGAUGUGGACGUCAAAGGCCUAGAUAUUGAGACCAAGUUGCCAGAGGGAGAAGUUCAGCUUGGUGACCUGAAGGGAAAGACUGAGGGUAUAAGUCUCAAAGGUCACUUGCCCAAAGUCCACCUGCCCAGCAUGAAAAUGCCCCAAAUACCCAAAACAGACAUCAAGGCUCCCAAAGUAGACAUCACCAUGCCCAGUCUGGACGUGUCCCUGCCCAAGGGCAAAGCUGACAUCAAGAGCCCUGAAGUUGAGGUGGAAGGGGACAUUAAACUGGGACACAAGGAGGUGGAGGUGAAGGACAGCAAGUUCAAGAUGCCCAAAUUUAAGAUGCCAUCCUUUGGUGGAGGCAAAGAGGGAGAAGCCUCAGUGGACGUGUCCCUGCCAAAGGCAGAGGUGGAUGUGAGCCUUCCUUCUGUUGAGGUCGAGGUCAAGCCCAGGGACCUGAGUGUGGAGGUUCCUUCAGUGGAUGUGGACAUGAAAGGCCUAGAUAUUGAGACCAAGUUGCCAGAGGGAGAAGUUCAACCUGGUGACCUGAAGGGGAAGAGUCGGGGUACAAGUCUCAAAGGUCACUUGCCCAAAGUCCACAUGCCCAGCAUGAAAAUGCCCCAAAUGCCCAAAGCAGACAUCAAGGCCCCCAAAGUAGACAUCACCAUGCCCAGUCUGGACGUGUCCCUGCCCAAGGGCAAAGGUGACAUCAGGAGCCCCGAAGUCGAGGUGGAGGCAGUCAGGUUGGAAGGGGACAUUAAAGUAGGAAACAAGAAGGUGGAGAUGAAGGACAGCAAGUUCAAGAUGCCCAAAUUUACGAUGCCAUCCUUUGGUGGAGGCAAAGAGGGAGCAAUCCCGGUGGAGGUGUCCCUGCCAAAGGCAGAGGUGGAUGUAACUCUUCCUUCUGUCAAGGCUGGUGACCUGAGUGUGCAGGUGUCCUCAGUGGAUGUGGAAGUGAAAGGACUAGACAUUGAGACCACGUUGCCAGAGGGAGAAGUUCAGCUUGGUGACCUGAAGGGAAAGACCGAGGGUAUAAGUCUCAAAGGUCACUUGCCCCCAGUCCACAUGCCCAGCGUGAAAAUGCCUCUAAUGCCCAAAGCAGACAUCAAGACUCCCAAAGUGGACAUCACCAUGCCCAGUCUGGACGUGUCCCUGCCCAAGGGCAAAGCUGACAUCAAGAGAUCCAAAGUGAAGGUGGAAGGGGACAUUAAACUGGGAGACAAGGAGGUGGAGGUGAAGGACAGCAAGUUUAAGAUGCCCAAAUUUAAGAUGCCAUCCUUUGGUGGAGGCAAAGAGGGGGCAGCCUCGGUGGAUGUGUCCCUGCCAAAGGCAGAGAUGGAUGUGACCCUUCCUUCUGCCGAGGUUGAGGUCAAGCCUGGGGACCAGAGUGUGGAGGUGCCCUCAGUGGAUGUGGAUGUGAAAGACUUAGACAUUGAGACCAAGGUGCCAGAGGUAGAAGUUCAGCUUGGUGAGCUGAAGGGGAAGAGUGGCAGUGUAGGUCUCAAAGGUCACUUGCCCAAAGUCCACAUGCCCAGCGUGAAAAUGCCCCAAAUGCCCAAAGCAGACAUCAAGGCCCCCAAAGUGGACAUCACUGUGCCCAGUCUGGAUGUGUCCCUGCCCAAAGGUGAAGAUGACAUCAAGGGUCCCAAAGUCGAAGUCGAGGCAGUCACAGUGGAAGGGGACAUCCAAGUUGGAGAGAAGGAGGUGGAGGUGAAGGACAGCAAAUUUAAGAUGCCAAAAUUUAAGAUGCCAUCCUUUGGAAUGUCUGCUCCAGGCAAAGAAGAGAAAGCCUCAGUGGACAUAUCCCUGCCAAAGGCAGAGGUGGAUGUCACCCUUCCUUCUGUCCAGGCUGGUGAACUGAGUGUGGAGGUGCCCUCAGUGGAUGUGGACGUCAAAUUAGACACUGAGACCAAGUUGCCAGAGGGAGAGGUCCAGUUUGGUGAACUGAAGGCGAAGAGUGGCAGUGUAGAUCUCAAAGGUCACUUGCCCAAAGUCCACAUGCCCAGCGUGAAAAUGCCCCAAAUGUCCAAAGUAGACAUCAAGGCUCCCAAAGUGGACAUCACCAUGCCCAGUCUGGAUGUGUCUCUGCCCAAAGGCAAAGGUAACAUCAAGAGCUCUGAAGUCGAGUUGGAAGAGGACAUUAAACUAGGAGACAAGGAGGUGGAGGUGAAGGACAGGAAGUUCAAGAUGCCCAAAUUUAAGAUGCCAUCCUUUGGUAUGUCUGCUCCAAGCAAAGAAGGGAAAGUCUCAGUGGAUGUGUCCCUGCCACAGGCAGAUGUGGAUGUCACCCUUCCUUCUGUUGAGGUUGAGGUCAAGCCCGGUGACCUGAGUGUGGAAGUGCCCUCAGUGGAUGUGGACGUCAAAGGCCUAGAUAUUGAGGGCCAGUUGCCAGAGGGAGAAGUUCAGCUUGGUGACCUGAAGGGGAAGAGUGGUAGUGUCGGUCUCAAAGGUCACUUGCCCAAAGUCCACAUGCCCAGCAUGAAAAUGCCCCAAAUGCCCAAAGUAGACAUGAAGGGCCCCAAAGUGGACAUCACCAUGCCCAGUCUGGAUGUGUCCCUUCCCAAAGGUGAAGGUGACAUCAAGAGUCCUGAAGUCAAGGUGGAAGGGGACAUUAAAGUAGAAGACAAGAAGGUGGAGGCGAAGCACAGCAAGUUCAAGAUGCCCAAAUUUACGAUGCCGUCCUUUGGUGGAGACAAAGAGGGAGCAGUCCCGGUGGACGUGUCCCUGCCAAAGGCAGAGAUGGAUGUAACUCUUCCUUCUGUCAAGGCUGGUGACCUGAAUGUGGAGGUGCCCUCAAUGCAUGUGGAAGUGAAAGGACUAGACAUUGAGACCAAGUUGCCAGAGGAAGAAGUCCAGCUUGAUGACCUGAAGGGAAAGACUGAGAGUAUAAGUCUCAAAGGUCACUUGCCCACAGUCCACAUACCCAGCAUGAAAAUGCCCCAAAUGGCCAAAGCAGACAUUAAGGGGCCCAAAGUGGACAUCACCAUGCCCAGUCUGGAUGUAUCCCUGCCCAAGGACAAAGGUGACAUCAAGAGCCCCGAAGUCGAGGAGGAAGGGGACAUUAAACUAGGAGACAAGGAGGUGGAAGCAAAGGACAGCAAAUUCAAAAUGCCCAAAUUUAAGAUGCCAUCCUUUGGAGUGUCUGCCCCAGGCAAAGAAGGAACAACCUCAGUGGAUGUGUCCCUCCCAAGGGCAGAGGUGGAUGUGACCCAUCCUUCUGUUAAGGUUGAUGUCAAGGCUGGGGACCUGAGUGUGGAGGCUCCCUCAGUGGAUGUGGAAGUCAAAGGCUUAGACAUUGAGACCAAGUUGCCAGAGGGAGACGUUCAGCUUGGUGAUCUGAAGGGGAAGAGAGGCAGUGUAGAUCUCAAAGGUCACUUGCCCAAAGUCCACAUGCCCAGCGUGAAAAUGCCCCAAAUGCCCAAAGCAGACAUCAAGGCCCCCAAAGUGGACAUCACUGUGCCCAGUCUGGACAUGUCCCUGCCCAAGGGCAAAGGUGACAUCCAGGGCCCUGGAGUCGAGGUGGAAGCAGUCACGGUGGAAGGGGACAUCAAAGUGGGAGACAAGGAGGUGGAGGUGAAGGACAGCAAGUUUAAGAUGCCCAAAUUUAAGAUGCCAUCCUUUGGAAUGUCUGCUCCAGGAAAAGAAGAGAAAGCCUCAGUGGAUGUGUCCCUGCCAAAGGCUGAGGUGAAUGUCACCCUUCCUUCUGUCCAGGCUGGUGAACUGAGUGUGGAGGUGCCCUCAGUGGAUGUGGACGUCAAAGGCCUAGAUAUUGAGGGCCAGUUGCCAGAGGGAGAAGUUCAGCUUGGUGACCUGAAGGGAAAGACUGGUGGUGUAGGCCGGAAAGGACACUUGCCCAAAGUCCACAUGCCCAGCAUGAAAAUACCCCAAAUGCCCAAAGCAGACAUCAACGCUCCCAAAGUGGACAUCACCAUGCCCAGUCUGGAUGUGUCCCUGCCCAAGGGCAAAGGUGACCUCAGGAGUCCUGAAGUCGAGGUGGAAGGGGACAUAAAACUAGGAGACAAGGAGGUCGAGAUGAAGGACAGCAAGUUUAAGAUGCCCAAAUUUAAGAUGCCAUCCUUUGGUUCCUCUCAUCGCAGGCUUCAUAAAUCAUCAGUUGAUACUCCUUCCUGUCAUGAAUCUUUAGAGGUUUCUAAGUCUUCUCCUGCUGUUAUACAUAAGGAACCUGAAGAGUGUGAAGUCAACCUUUGUGAAGGUGAGCUUCCGGAAGGUGAACUUCAUGUUGAUAUUGCAUCUUCUCAUUUAUCUGAUUCCCAUGAUGGACAUUCACAGUUUUCUGGGGUUUCACUUCCAGGUUUGAGUUUUACUAAGGUUAGUAUCAGUGGUCCCCACACUGAAUUUGGUAAAACCAGAGUGAAAGAUGACAUCACCCUCACAAAGUAUGAAGUCACUCUUCCUAUGUCAGGAUCCCAUGUUAUUCCUUCCCUCCCUCACCCUGAUACCAUCCCUAUUUUGGAUAGACAUUCCAUUCACCUGAAGUCAGAGGAAGAAGAGUCACAAAUCUCUGCUGGCACGUGGGAUGAAAGAGUACAACCUCUUUCUUAUGACCUUGAUGGAAUGAUUAAAUUUCCCAAAUUUUACAAACCAAAGUUUGGGGUUUCUGUUUCCAGGCCAUUAGAGAUCUCUCACCCUCAAGAGCCUCCUAAUGUGGCAGCAGAAAUGACAGCCCAAGAAGUGCCAAUCCUUUUCCCCAAGAAAGAAUUUAUGACAUCAUCUGAGACUGUUAAAUCAUUCAUGCAUUCUGUCCAGACUUCUCAGGAGGGCUCUGACCAAUGGGCAGUAAGUGAUAUCCAGGAUUCAAACAUAGCUCUUCAGACAGGGAAGGCAGAAGAAGUCAAGCCUGAAUGUACAGAAUCAGAAGGGAAGGAAAGCUUCUUCAAAAUGCCCAAGUUCAAGCUCCCCUCAUUUAGUUGGUCUCCCAAAAAAGAAGCAGCUCCAAAAGGAGCUCCAGGUACUAAGCCAAGUGAUAUUUUAGACAAAGAACAAGUAGCUGCUGAUACAGAAACUCACACCACAAGUGUAGAAACAGACAUGGAUGUGUCCACUCAGAAAGAGAGCCCCAAAGAAAAGAUUAAGAAGCCCCAUUUUGUGAUGCCAAAGAUUGGGCUUCCCAAAGCCAAGGGCUCCAAGGCAGGGAUUGGCCUGCAGAAGGAAGCUGAAGAACUCACCCAUUCUGAUGAUGCCCCUAUAGAGGAGGGCUCUAAGAAGGUUAUAGAUACAUCUAGCAAAAAAAUGGUGCUUGAUACUGAAGUAUUUCAAAUUGUAGCCCCUACAGUCAUAAGACAGACUGAAUUACAAGUCCCUGAAGAUCCUGCCCCAGGGAAGACAACUACUCAGGAGCCUUCAGGUGGUAAAGACAGUGGCAAAGAGCAACUUUUCCUUCCAGUUGUUCAAGUGCCCAAACUUGGCUCUUCUGUUUCCCAAGUCAAGAGUCACAGCAUCCAUAUUUCGGUACCAAAAUUGGAGACAGAUAUGUCCCAACCAUCUCCUAAAGUAGACAUAGAGACAGUAACCCUGGAAACAGAAACAUAUGCAGAUGUGUUAAAACGCAACAUCGAUGACAAAAGCUUAAAAUUGUGCCAGACUACAGCUGGGAUGUUGGAUUCAACAAUUUCCAUGUCUGAAGUCAGCGUCCCUUCUGGAGAAAACACAGUGUCCCUCCUGAUGCCCAGUCUGGGGUUUUCUACUAGUGAAAUCAAAGAUCCCAGGCAAGAAACAGGUGAGAUAGUGCUUCCCCAACAUGACAUGUCUAUGCCUAGGCCACAAGCCAUUGCCAAAGGUGAAAAAGAUGUUGUAGGUUUACCUGAGUCAGAAAUGUAUCUUCUCCCAGCAGAAGGGCCCAUUAAACUCAAGACCUCAAGUACUGAAAUACCAUCUCAAGUUUCCGUGAUUGAAACAAGCCGAGUCUGGGAAGGCUCUGUAUUGACUGUUAAAUUUCCCAAAUUACAAGUACCUAAAUUUACCUUCCAAGCUCCCAACACAGAGACUGACAUUUUCAUCCCCAAAGUGAGAGAAGAAAUGUGCCCUGAGACAGAUAUUGAGAUAGCAAUCCAAAAGGAAAGCCCAGAUGAAUGGAGUGCUAAAGUCCUCAAAGCAGUCUCUGAGAUUCCCCCUCAGCCAAGCCUUGACCCAUUAAGGCCUCCAAAGGAUCUUGCCCUCUCUUCAGUAGCCUCUCCUAUUUCCAAGGUCAAAGUCCAUAUUCAGGGUGCCCACAUAGAAAGCCAAGAGGUCACCAUAGAAAGCCGAGUGACUUGUGAACAUGGUGAGCUCCCAAGAAGGGAGACCUUUUCCACUCAAAUUGUGAGAGCCUCUGAGAUCCCUCCAUCUGAUAUUCAGACACCUUCUUACGGAUUUUCCCUGCUGAAGGUGAAAAUCCCAGAGUCACAUGUUAAUCUGGAUGUGACAGGCAAGGAACAAGAAACCCUGGGGUAUACAAGUUCUACACUCGAGACACAAGACAUCUCAGAAGAGAGUUUGAGAAAAGAUGAAUUGGGAGUAGACACAGAUCUGUCAUUGGAGGGUGAACUCCAGCCUGAAACAGGAGAACCAUAUGAAAUAAUUUCUUCUAGUGCCAGUUUGCCAAAAUUGAAAACAUUUACAUUUGAAGUUCACUCUUCCCAUCAAUAUGUUGAUAGCUACUCUGAUGAGGAGCCUGCAGAAAUCCUGGAAUUUCCCCCUGAAGACAGUCAUGACCAAAUGCCACCAGAUGAAGAAAAGGAGCAGAAGGUUCAAUCAGAAAGUAAGAAGUCUUCUGGUCUAUUUCGAUUUUGGCUUCCAAGUAUUGGGUUUUCUUCUUCUGUUGAUGAGGCAAAUUCAGAUUCCAAAACUGAAGUAUCAAAGUCAGUUCCAAUACAAACCCAGCCAGAAAGCAUGUCAGAUAUUGAACCUAAGAAACCCGAGAAAACGGGCUGGUUUCGAUUUCCCAAAUUGGGGUUCUCCUCUUCCCCAGCCAAGAAGAGUAAGAGUACUGAAGAGAGUGUGACAGAGCCCCCCAAAUCAGGAUCACAGGAGGAAGCUGAGCAGACAGUGAUUUUCUUUGAUGCACAGGAAACCUUAUCCCCAGAGGAGAGAGAAGGGGGUGAGAGCAUCACUAGCACCACCAAUGAUGAUGCUCAAGAACCUGGUGCCCUAGUUACAUCUUCUGCAAGAACUGAAUUAAUCUUACUGGAGGAGGAAGGAAAAACUUCAGGAAAAGCAGGUUCUGGGCAUGUGGCCAAAUGAAGGGCAAGGGUUUUCUUAGCCAUCCAAAGAGAAUGACAAACUAAAUCAAAAAGCUAAGCCAAUAAAAGACCUAUCCUGACCACACUUCCCUCUACAUCAGUUCAGAAAACUGAAUGUGGAAAUCAAUAAGAAGCUUACAUGGGGAUCCCUUUGCUGGACAUAAUAGUGUCUUUUUUCAAGAGGCAAACCUCACAUUCUUGAGGGAAGGAAGGCCCUCAGCUGUUCUGAACACCUUCCUGAGCAGUGUUUGUUGUUCCUGAAACAGGGAUAGAGAAGCACUAAGAUCAUGGUAAAGUAUAGUCCUCAGAAACUCACCAAUAAAAAUUAAGUUACAGCUCCUUUGUGCAAAGGGCUGUCAUGGUCACUCGGGAAUAGGUAGGGCCAGUUGUUGGUUUUGUUUCUAUCCUGCUGCUGCUACUGCUUAAUGGUGGAAAAUCUAUUAUCCUUCUUUUAGAUAGAGCCAAAUGUAUUCCAUGGGAUCACCUUUCCUGCAGAACAAAACUCCUUUCUCUCUGUUAGAAGUCUUUUCUAUGUCAAGCUUCAGGAAACUGAGAGGGCUAAGCUAUAUAUAGCAGUGAUGAAAGAGAGGGGAAGGGAUCAAGCCAGGUACCAAUGUGGGUGGAAUAUAGCAUUAAGUGGCUUUUAGGGGGCAGGAGAGGUAGGUGAGAGGAUAUUAAAACAUCUGGGAAUUGAUCCAGAUGACAAGUUAGAAAGAUCCUUUGGCUGUAUCUCACCUUCACAGGCCAUUACUGUGGUUCACACUCUUGCUGCUUGUAACAUGUAUGAGGCACUGAAUGAGAAUCUCUACAAGAGAAAUAAAUGCUAUAACACCA